AUGUGCCGUACCCUACUCCAGAUGGUGCUCGAUGACCCGGUCCAACAUGGGUCCAGCAGAAGGAUAGAGGUCGAGGAUACGGUGGCGCAUGAGAUUGGUCAUCAGGACGCCGUAUUCCUGUCGCAUUACCGCAAGGCGAUGGACGAGGACGACAUCAUGCCGCUGAAGCCGAUCGUUGUCGGGAAGGCCCGACGCGGCGAUGCCGAUUACAAUCGCGAGCCCCACUCCUACUACGCCAUCCGCGACAUGUUCGGCAAGUUGACGUACGAAAAGGCGGCCUACGGCAUCUACACGUUGUUCACCACUCUCGGCGAGGAGCGCUUCACCAAGAUGAUCAAGGAGCCCUUCAGUGAGGCCCAGCAGGCGUUGCUGUUCGAGUUUAGUCAAGUGCGCCUACAGAUCACCGCCCAUAUCCCAACCCGAACCACGAUGGACACCCUUGGCAUGAUCACCACCAUCUACACCCCAUCGGAGAGGCGCCUGAAAAUUGCCGACGACGUCGCCAAGGUCAGCAGCAAGAGCCGGGCUGCUGAAAUGGGUGCCCUGCUCGAAACCGUGAAAUGGGAGCAGAACAGUGGGGCGGUGCCCCCGGAAGCGACCGCCUACAUGGAGCAGACGAUGAACGUUUGUGCGGCCGGAGAGCGCACCAGCAAGUGCAGCAAGCUCUUCUCCCGCCACAUUGCCAAUGACGGCCUCACCCGCCUUCAAUCAACUACGAUGUUCGCGUUUGUGCGGGCCAUCUUGGAGCCUAACCACGCCAUCCAGUAUCUCAUCGAAAAUGUCAACAGCUUUUGGGAGACGCUGUCCUACGCACCCGACGAGCGAAAAGAACUGUUUGAGAACCUCCUCGGGGCCGUCAACGACGACGAGCGAUUGGCCGAGGCCCGCCUGCUGCGCGCCCGGCCCGAUCUGCCGGAGGAUUUGCGCGAGUUGCCCUCCUGGGAUACGGCCUUCGAGACGCAUCGGCUGAAUCGUCGGUGGCGCUUGCUGUAUGCGCACGAUCUGCUCAGCCACUUUGAGCGCAUCGUCGCCAAGGUGCUGGGGUCGGACGACGACGAUAAGGCGCUGAACAAGCCCGACACCGAGCCGCUGCUCCCAGUAGCAGCUGCUGAUCAGGAGCCGUGGACCGCUGACGUUGACGUUGAACUUGACGAGAAUGGCGCCGAG